AUGUCAGGUAUUAUGACUGAUACUCAAUUAGAAUAUAUGGAAAAUAUUCCUGCUCGUUAUAUUUAUAUAACAUUAGUUCGGAAAAUUUAUGGAUCUUCGAGUUGUGGCUGUUAUUAUACUAAAGGUCGUACAAUGCCUGUUGGAAUAUAUGAUCUAUUUUCAGAACAUUCACGACGUACUUCUGAUCCCAAUAAUUAUUUAAGAAUGAAGAUUCCCGGUUUAGUCACAAGUUGUUAUCCAUUAAACUCAAUACUUGAAUCAUCAUUGGAAUGUUUUUAUGAUCAGACAUGUGUAAAUAAAACAUUAUUAUAUUUACCAACAAAUGAAACAUUUACAGCAAUGACAAUAUCUUCAUCUAGUCGUUUUUCUUAUCAAUCAACGGUUCAAUCACUUGUCGAUCAUUUAAUGAUAGAAGAUUGGAUAACAAAUAUAUCUUAUGAUAAAUAUUAUAAUCAAUGUAUACCAAUAUCAUGUACUUAUUCAAGAAUAGCAUCGAAUAGUUUAUUAGUUAUACUGACAAAAUCUAUUGGGAUAUUAUCGACUUUAACAAUGGUAUUAAGAAUAUUGAUACUACCAAUUGUCGGAUGGAUACGACGGCCAAGAAAUAUUGAACCGCUACCAAAAAUUCCUUUUAAAAUCAAAUUGCGACAAUUAAAAUCAACUUUAUAUAAAACUCUUAUAGAAUUAAAUUUAUUUCAACGUCCAAUUGAUGAUAAUAAUAAUAUACGAUAUCAAUAUGAUGCAACUCGUUUAUAUAUUGUUUCAAUUGUUCUAUCAAUUCUUAUAUUAUCGACAUAUAAAUAUUUUGAUAUCGUCAUGCAUUAUACAACUAUUCUUAAUCCAAGUGAAUCCCAAUAUUUAACAUUAGAAAAAAAAUAUUCAAUUAGUCUUUCAUGUCCAUGUAGUUCAAUUUCAAUGCCUUAUUCAAUUUUUCUUAAGAUCGAACCUCGAUAUCAUCAUGUAUGUUCAAGUGAUAUAGUUUCUCCUAGAAUAAUAGAUCGGUAUGCAGGUUCCAUUGGUGAAGGUUCUCGUGGUUAUCAGUCUCCUUGGGAUUAUGGAGAAAAUGGUCAUAUUCAUUUUCAUUUUCUUUUUAAAUUUUGUAAACGAAUUCAACAAUCAAUUGAUGAUGCUCUUUUAGAUUUUUAUCGAGAUCGAUUUGUUAGUUCAACAGUACUUUCUCCUAAGAUAUUUCAAUCUCAAAUAAAUUCACUUAUUGAAUAUUGGAAAUCAACAAUUAAAAAUCAAAACUUACGUAAUAUUGAUAUUAUUCAAGCAACAACACAUGGAAAUCAGUUGAUGAGUCCUUUACUUAAUACAAAUUUUUCAUUUUCCUAUGUAAAUCGACAAUUAAAAAUCAUACCAAUGAAAUAUUCUAAUUGUUCUUGUGUUUUAUCUCCAUCAUGUUAUACAGAUAUGGGUGUGUAUGCGAAACACCCCAUAGAAACUAUUUAUACUCUUCGCACUCGUAUUCCAACAUUAUUUAUUGGUUGUUAUCCGAAUGAAGCAAUAUUAGCAUCAACAUUAGAAUGUUUUUAUAAUACUUCAUGUAUAUUAUCCUUAUAUUCUUAUCGAAAUUCUGAAGAAUACCAUGAACUUCCUUUUCUCAAUUCAAAUAUGACUUCAUCAGUAAAUGAAACUAUUGAAUCAAUUAUAAAUCAACUUAUGAUUGAUUCAUGGUCAAUAGAUAUUUCGUUUACUAAAUAUUAUCAAGAAUGUUCACCUCAUUCAUGUACUUAUCAAUAUCUUGAUCGGAAUAGUUUACCCAUCGUUGUUACUACUAUUAUGAGCAUUAUUGGUGGGUUAACACUUGGAUUUAAGUUUUUCUUUAUCCUAUGUCUUAUUAUUAUUGAAAAAUUUAAGAAUAUUUUAUCUCCUAUUGCUUCAAUUAGAUUUCUUAAGAAUCAAUUCGCCUGUCAUCAUGAACAACGAUUAAUUGAUCGAAUUAGUUUUAUAUUUGUAACAAUAACUUUGAUAACUAUUUAUGUUUCGAUUACGUUUAGUCCACAUACAAAAUUUGUUGAAAAUCAUAAACCAUCAUUUUCUACUUAUAAAAAAUUAGAAAAACAUUAUUCAUCAACUCUUCAAUGUUCAUGUUUAUAUCAUUCAAUUAAAUAUGAAACAUUCUUUAAUAUAACAUCCCGUUUUCAUCAUAUAUGCUCAAGUCAUUUUGUUUCUAAUCAAUGGAUUGAAUAUUUAUAUAGCAAUGGAACUAUUUUUGAUCGAUUUCUUUCAAAUGAUUUUCAACUUUCGGCAUUUGCACAAUUUCAAUUACUUUCUUCAUUUUGUAAACUUUCGCAACAAAUUGUUAAUGAUUCAUUUGAACAAUUAACUAAAAGUUAUUUCAUUAAUAGCCAACUUUUAUCAGCAGAACAAUUAAAUGAAAUUAUUCAAUCAAAUCUUGAUGAUCUUAAAUUAACAAUUCCAAGUGCAUUAUUAACUUCUUUAGCUCUUAUUCGUGAAACAACUCAAGUUAAUAAGUUAAUGACAUCUAUAUCAUCAAAUUGGCGUUUUAUGCGACGAGCACGUGUCAUGGGCACUAGAGUUAUGAUUCAUCCAAUACCGCUUGUUUAUCAAGGAUGUAAUUGUGGAUUAUCAUCAAAAUGUACACAAUCAUCUGGAGGUAUGUUAGUUGGAUGUUAUCCACUUGAAGCUCUUUUACAAACAACAUUUCAAUGUUUAUAUGAUCAAAAAUGUAUUGAUCCAAAUCAAACAUUUACAGCAUUGAAUAUUUCAUCUUUAAAAUCAAGCCGUUUUACUAUUAAUAUGACUAUUGAAUCAAUUGUUAAAGAACUUUUCAUAGAAGAAUAUUUCUCCAAUAUUUCUUAUGAAAAAUAUUUUCAUCAAUGUUCAAUAUCAACAUGUAGACAUUCAUAUAUUGAUAAAAUGAAUAUUAUCGAUGGAAUAACAAAUUUAAUUUCACUUUAUGGAGGUUUAAUGAUUAUUUGUCAAUCAACAGCUGUAACGAUUGUUCGAUUAGGUAGAUUACAUAAAUGUCGAAAACGAACAAUUAAUCCUGAUAUCAAUUCAAAUAACUAA